AUGGAGACCCAACUACGCCCGAUCCUUGUCAAGAGAAACGGCGCCAAGGCUCAUGGAAUCCUCAAAACUAUGUGGAUCAUGGUUGGCACGGGCCUUGGCGUGUUCCUCCUGGGUUUUUUCAUCUGGAACCUGGAUAACGCCUUCUGCAGUCAGAUCCGACGUUGGCGGCGACAGCUCGGUCUGCCUUGGGGUGCCGUACUUGAGGGUCACGCCUGGUGGCACUUGAUGACAGGAAUCGCUUAUUACUACAUCACUUGGGGAAUAUGGCUCCGUAGAUGUCUCGAGGGCCGCGAGGACGAGUACAGACUUGUUUGGCCUAGGUCACUCUUGUCGAUACCACUUGUUGUCAAGGGUAAGAAGACCGAAUAA